AUCUUUUGUUGACGCUGCGUGAAUCGGGUCCUGGAGAAAGAUAACGGGUCGUUCCUGCUUAGAAACGAUAAAUCUCUGUCCUUCAUGUUUGAUGUGCAUUUGUCGUUUAUAGUGUGUGUUAUGUCUAUCUAACCGGCAGCGUUGAUCCCAGGACCCGAACCGUCUCCCGUUCAUAUUCGCUAAUGGGAGGUCGGUAGCUAACCUAGCUAACUCGAUGAUGAUGAUGAUGAUGAUGCAUCAGUGGAAUAAUCCCGGUGUCUCGGACUGAGAUGGAGCCAGCGACGCUCAAGUGGAGCUGCUUGCUAGCAAGCUAGCGAGCUAACAGUGGGAUUUACCUUUGCCCAGCGCAGCCCCCGGAUAACGUGAAGUUAGCUAAAUGGGUGCAGCUGCAGUUUUAUCGCACGGGGUUUGUUGUAACGCUAUCAGACGUUUCCACCGCUGUCCCCAGAUUUGAUAGAGACGGGCCAUGUCAACUAGCAACAAAAAUGCUAACUUAACCGUUUAAGGUUAGCUACACGUGACAUAAUAUAUCUCGCCAAAACAAUUAGCUACACCUUUAACCGUCCGUGGAUGCUUCAGCGACAUUAAUUGGACGGUGCGUAUCAGGAUGGCACAGCUCUUGGACGGGGCCGGCAAACUGGGCUGGGUUCUGCUCAAGUCUGUGAUCCGAUUUGUGUUUAUGUUCCUCAACAACUGUGUAGCCAUCCCAUCCUACUGCUUAUACCUGCUGCUUCUGCAGCCGCUGAGAAUAUGGGACAGCUCCACUUUCUGGCACAUUGAAGGAGUCAUGUUCAAAUGGUUGCUGGCCAUGGUGUCUUCAUGGGGCUGGAUCGCAGGUUAUACAG